CGUUGGCGCGAUGGGCAGUAGCAGUGGUGGUGAUGCAUGGCUGCGUGGAUCGUGCGUGCCCAGCUUUGCCCAGAUGCUGAAGAGGAAUCUGCCCAGGCCGCCAUCCUCGCGCCCUCCUGGCCUGGGGCUGGCGAUGGGCCCGGGCUCGCUGUGGGCGCCGGCGGAGCCCGAGGCCAGCCUGGCCUCCCGCGUGACGCCGCUCACAGGUCAGAUUCAAGAAAACCUGUACUUCAGAGGAGCCCAGCCAGCUCCAAACACAUCACUUCCUCCAAAGAAAAUACCAAAGGAAUUUAUUGUAAAAUAUAAACGUGGAGAGAUAAAUCCAGUGUCUGCCUUGCAUCAGUUUGCACAAAUGCAGCGUGUACAGCUUGAUCUGAAGGAAACUGUAGUAACAGGCAAUAUCUUGGGGAGUUACUUUGCUUUUUGUGCUGUGAUAGAUGGUGUUCAGUAUAAGACUGGCUUAGGGCAAAGCAAAAAGGAAUCCAAAUCAAAUGCAGCAAAACUGGCUCUUGAUGAACUAUUGCAGUUGGAGGACACGGAACCAAAGGUUCUUGGCAACUCAGGUCCUCCCCGGAUUCCUGCAGAACCCAGAGUUUCGUCAGGACCUACUUGCGUUGCAGAGUUUCGUUAUGAGGGAAGGCAUCUGGUUUAUGAAAAAUUCUCACAAGCAGUCAAGCAAGCAUUUAACAGUCUGAUUGCCAAAUACCCUGUGUUUGCGAGUUGUAGCAGUUCAUUGGCUGCUUUCAUAAUUGAAAAAGCUGGUCAGCCUGAAGUUGUAGCUAUAGGAACAGGGAAAUACAAUUACAGUCAGUGUUUUCAUCCUGAUGGGAGAGUUUUGCAUGAUAGUCAUGCUGUUGUUACUGCAAGACGCUCACUGCUUAGGUAUUUUUAUAGGCAUCUUUUGCUCUUCUACAGUAAAAAUACUGCUUUGACAGAAAAAUCUGUGUUUUGUAUGGAACCAGCAUCAAGUCUGCUUACUCUAAAACAAAAUAUAAAUAUUUUCCUCUACAUAAAUCAGUUGCCAAAAGGAUCUGCUCAGAUAAAGUCACAGCUACGUCUCAAUCCAAAUUCUUUAUCUGCAUUUGAAGCUAACGAAGAACUGAGUCUCCAUGUUGCUGUAGAAGGCAAGAUUUACCUAACAUUUUAUUGCCCCAGUGAAGUUGCUCACAGAGUGAACAGCAUGUCAGCCAGUGACAAAUUAACAAAAUGGGAAGUUUUGGGUGUCCAGGGAGCAUUGCUGAGUCACUUCAUUCAGCCAGUUUAUCUCAGCGGCAUACUUGUUGGAGAUGGAAACUGCAGUGAUACAAGAGGACUAGAAAUAGCUGUAAAACAACGUGUUGAUGAUGCACUCACUUCCAAACUUCCCAUGUUUUAUUUGGUCAACAGACCUCAUAUUAGUUUGGUUACUGCUACGCACCCAGUUGAGGUAGAUGUGGAAAACAGGUGUCUCAGUGUGAACUGGUCACAAGGGGACACUUCAUUGGAAGUUGUGGAUGGUUUAAGUGGAAAGAUCACUGAAAGUUCGCCAUUCAAAAGUGGUGCUUCAAUGGCAAGUCGUCUUUGCAAGGCUGCAAUGUUAAGUCGUUUUCAUCUGCUCUCUAAGGAAGCAAAACGAGAUGAUUUGCUUGAAAUUUGUACAUAUCAUGAAGCAAAGAUUAAGUCUGCCUCCUACCAAGAAGCUAAAAAUUUGCUGAAAAGCUACUUGGAGCAGCAUGGUUAUGGAUCCUGGAUUGUGAAAUCUCCACGCAUUGAACAGUUCACCAUGUGACUUAAGUUGAAUAUAUUGUGUUUUAUUAUUACUUUAAUAAAAUUUAAUUUUUGAUGAGUAAAAUAUUCAGGCAUUGGUAACUUUAAUCUUUUCAGUCGGUGCCACUGUCAGCAAUAACAAACAAAUUGAAUUUAACAAUUUAAGUAACAACAAAUUAAAUUUGUCAGUUUAAGCACAGAAGUUAAACUGCCUUUUGUAACAAUUCAGUCAGAAUUCAAAAUGCCAGUCUCUUUUCCUAAGAGUCAUUGUUAACAUCUUAGUAAUCUUAUCAGUCCUAUUUGUAGAAUAAAUAUUUUUUCUCACAAACUGUAGUUUCAUAAUGGAGAAUAUAGGUUUGUGUGUUCUGUUAUCUUCUGAAACCAGAGUAAAAGACUACUUAUAAUGGGACACAGUAAUGUUGUGUGAUUCAUGCUUGUUUUUUACCCAAAAUUACAUGUAGAUCUUCAUGUGCUGAGGUUUGUUUUUUUUAAUGGUCCUUUUGUAUCCCUUUUUUUUACUGUUGUAUAUGGUAAUCUUGACACUUACUGCUUGUCCUGUUUCAGACCAGUAGUAAAGCUCGCAUAUAGCUUGGUAAAUGGAAACCGUAAAAUAAGUCUGGACAUGACUCAGAAUUCCACUAGCUCUUUACUUAUACAUCUGGAUACAGUUGUUGUAAUUUUGUAAAUUGUUCUAGUCUUUGUCUUUCUCAAGACUUGAAAGUUAUAUGUAUUUUUAUAUAGUAUGGGGGGGAAGAGGGUCUAGGAAUUGGUAGGGAUUCCUCCAGCUUGUUUUUUGUAGGCUACCAAAGAGGACAUUAGGUGGCUAUGAAGUGGACUAAAUCAAAAUAGUGACUGAAAGUGUGAAAGUUGCUUUGUUCCAUUAUGAGUUGAAUAAUUGAUCUGUUUUUCCCAAAUCUUUGUCCUUGUAUAAAAUAUCACGCAAAACAUUACUGUUUUUUCCCUUAUGUUACAAUAUGAAUAUUUAAGUUAUUUUCAGGUUGUAUUUUUUUUCUGGUGUUCAUAUAGUGUUGCUGUAAUUACACUGAAUGUUAUAUCGUAGUUGUCUUUCAUAUUACUUGAUUCUGCAUUUCAGAGAGAGAGAAUUAGAUUUUUUUUUUUUUUUUUUUUUUAGCUAUACCUAUGAGAAGUUAAGUUUUUUGGGGGGGGGCAUUCUUCCUCAAGUGUUAGUGCAGUAUUGUAAUUGCAUCUGUUUUUUUGGUGAGGGAGGGCUAACUUAGAACAAAAAGCUAUCACCAGUGCUUUUUGUCAUAACCACUUGUUUGUAGUGCAUGUUAUACCACUAACUGCUUGUACAUAAGUGACUAAAUGUAACAUAAGAAUGGAACAGACCUUCAAUAAAACUAAACUUGUCAGGUG